AUGCCGGGUAUACUCAGCUCCCUAUGGGCAAUAGGUACUGCCUACAAGCCCAACGCUACAAGAGACAGGCAGGCGAAACCUCUCAGAUUUGGGGCCUUUGCUGCGACUUAUCGACCGCCAGGUUGGGCCGUGAAGCGUCCAAGGACGGAUGCCGAAGCUCAGAGACUGUACAAUCACGUCCGAACGGUCGCAUAUUGGCUUGACGCUGCUCCUGUCCUGGCUGAUCUUGGCCUCCCUUUCAAGGCUGGUCUGGACGAUGUGAUCUCCCUCGUUCCCAUCUAUGGCGACAUCGUGGCCGGAGUAUUGCAGCUGUAUCAAGUCUGGCUGUCCUUCGUCUUUGGUGUACCUCGAAACAUCCUCGGCCUCAUGAUCCUCAAUGUCCUCAUCGACGUCUUCGUAGGCAUCAUCCCCAUCCUCGGAGACUUCCUCGACAACCUCUUCAAAAGUAACCUCCGCAAUCUCGCUCUCCUCGAAGACUGGCUACUUACCGGCAAAUCCGCCACGGCGAAGUACCACAUACUGCUCAUGCCUGACGGGGGUGAUUUCUUGCCUCCGCCAAAGAAGCAACACAAGGAUAAGUGGAGCAAGGGCUGGUUUGGGAGUACGAACCGCGGGGAGGAGGAAGAGGAGCGGGAUAGAGAGAGGGCGAGAGGGAGACCGGAGCGGACAAGGCGGAUGCGGAGGGAUGAAGGGGAGGAAUGGGGAGCGACGCCGGUCGCUGUGCCGGCUGAGGGGAUGCCGGGUGAGCCAAGUAGGGCCGGGCCAAGCGAGCCGAGAGGGAGUCAGCGAGCGGGCCAGGUACCCGUCCAGGAAGGCCUGGAUUGA